AUGGGCAACAAGGCCGAAGCCCCAUUGACCGGGUCCUCGCUGCCGCUGCACACCCUGGCCCCCGCCGUCUCAGACGCUGAACCAGGACGUCGCGUCUACCCGAGUCAUCUCACUCGUCCUCGCGCGUCUUCAGCUACACCCGCGGCGCCUUCCGGGGCCUCUGCCGCUAUCGCUGCCGCUACCGCUACCGCUACCGCUACUAGGGCUCCUAUUACUACUACAGCCACCGCCGCCGCCGCCGCCGCCGCCUCUGCCGUCACCUCGUCUCCGACCACCGCCUCUCUCCCCCCACCGCGCCAUGUCCGCGACGACUCCUCGGCCGCCAGCGAGCCAAUAGCGCAGCCCGCCCCCGAUGCCGCCGCUCUCGACGACGGCACCAUGACGGCCUCCAGGAAAUCGCCCUACCUCCUCCCCGGCGACGGCGCCGGCCCUCCCAAUGCCUCCUUCUCGCCCUACGGCUCCGUCGCCCCGGCCCGCCGCGCCGCCGCCCAUCGCCCCGACAGCGACUCGGAGCUCGACGACGACGUCCACCAGCUCCGCCACGUCCACGACAGCAUCCGCAGCCGCAGGAGCCUGAGCUCCAGGCGCUCCUUCUUGUCCCGCCAGUCGUCGCGCCGCUCCGACGAUCUCGACGGCGCCGCCCUCGUCUCGGGCCUCGAGGGCCGCUUCGGCCUGGCAGAGGCCCCCCUGCCCGGCGACAUCAUCCUCGACCACGACGCCGGCGCCUCCUCCGACGGCUCCCAGCACGGCCUGCAGCUCGACCACGACCAGUCCUCCACCCGCUCCGACGACGACCUCGACGACAACUCCCCCCAUGAAGCCGUCCGCGCCUCGGUCCCCCCCACCGACAACACCACCCUCUCCAUCAACACCCCUCGCAUGUGGUGCCUCUCGGUCCUCUUCUCCAUCCUCGGCUCCUCGACGAACCUCUUCUUCUCCCUCCGAUACCCCAGCGUCGCCAUCACCCCCGUCAUCGCCCUGCUCCUCGUCCACCCGCUCGGCCACCUGUGGGACAUGCUCCUCAAGCGCCCCUACGACCCGGACGACGAGUUUGUCGACGGCGUCAGGACCCGGCCCCGCGACGACCCUGCCGCCCACCGCCGCAAGAAGCUCAACUCGUGGCGCCUGUGGCUCGCCCAGGGCCGCUGGAACCAAAAGGAGCACACGUGCGUCUACGUCAGCAGCAAUGUCGCCUUUGGCUUCGCCUUUGCCACGGACGUCAUCGUCGAGCAGACGCGCUUCUACAACCAGGAGGCCCCCGUCGUCUACCAGCUCCUCCUCACCAUCUCCACCCAGAUCCUCGGCUACGGCUUCGCCGGCAUGGCUCGCCGCUUCCUCGUCCGCCCCAGCGGCAUGAUCUGGCCCGGCACCCUCAUGUCGGCCGCCAUGUUCUCCACUAUGCACAACCAGGACAACAAGCCCGCCAACGGCUGGACCAUCAGCCGCUGGAACUUCUUCUACGUCGUCUGGGCCGUCUCGUUUGCCUUUUACUUCCUCCCGGGCCUGCUGUUCCCCGCCCUCAGCUACUUCAACGUCAUCACCUGGUUCGCCCCCAAGAACGUCGUCGUCGCCAACCUCUUUGGCGUCGCCUCGGGCCUCGGCCUCUUCCCCAUCACCUUUGACUGGGCCCAGAUCACCUACGUCGGCUCCCCGCUGCUCGUCCCCUUCUGGGCCGCCAUGAACGUCAUCGGCGGCCUCGUCGUCGUCAUGUGGAUCAUCGCGCCCAUCCUCUACUACUGCAACGUCCUCUACUCGUCCUACAUGCCCAUCCUGUCGGCCGGCGUCUUCGACAACACCGGCCACAUCUACAACGUCACCCAGAUCCUGACGCCCGAGUUUCUCUUUGAUCGCGACGCCUACGCCAGCUACAGCCGCGUAUUUCUGCCCAUCACCUACGUGCUCAGCUACGGCGUGCAGUUUGCCGGCCUCGCCGCCCUCCUGACCCACACCCUGUGCUGGCACGGCCAGGACAUCUGGCGCACCAUAAAGAGGAGCCUGCACGAGGCCCGCCAGAACGACAAGCCCGUCUACCAGCCCGUCAACGAGUCGCGCGCCGCCUCGAGCACCUCGCUCGGCAGUGGCGACCGCAGCUGCAUGGACGGCUCCACCAUGUCCAACGGCGACGGCCUGCUGAGCCGCGAAGACGUCCACUGCCGCCUCAUGAACCGCUACAAGGACGCGCCCCUGAGCUGGUACCUGCUGACCUUUGCUUCCAUGGCCGCCAUGGGCAUGUUUGUCGUCGAAUAG